CGGCUCUCUCUCGUGCAGUCUCAGACCGUAAGAGACCGUAAUCGCGCGUGCAUGUGACAUCGUCUCUUAAAUUAAAUUUUUAUAAACCCUAGAUAAAUUUAAUUCCUCAGUACUUUUAUUUAUUUGAUUAUAUUUAUCUCCAUAAUUACUUACUCUCGCUCAGCAGCUUGAAUAGUAAUCUCGGGAUUAACAAUCGUCGACAAUCGUUUAACCUCGACAAUUCUUAACCAAAAAGUUUAAACGAUCAGCAAAACUGUGCUCUGUGUAGUGGACACUGUGUUAGUUUAUAAAUUUAUAAAUUAUUAACAAUUUAAAUUUACGCGCGCGUUGAUUACAAUGACCUGGAGAUUAAAAUUUUAAAUAAACAAAUAAAUAAUCGCGGGUGUUGGUUUUUAUUAUAUUUAAAAAUAUAGUGAAGGUUUAAAAAUAUAUAACAAAUGCAGCGUAUGACUAAAAUUGUGCAUUGACGUCACUUUUUAAUAUUUUAUUAAUUAAUUAAUUGUUAAUUUGUUUAUAAAGUAAAUUGUGGACUUGAAUAUCAGAAUUUGUGCAUACGCUGAUUGAUUAUUUAUUUUUUUUUGUCAACUUGUGAUUUAAAAAGUAAAUCAAAUUUAAAAUCAGAACCUAGAUCCUGAGGUAGACGUAGUGUAAUUUAGUUUGACAACCGCUGUGCGGUUAAUUAAUCAGCCAAAAUUCGGGUGAAGAACAGAGAACCCCUGCCAUCCUACGCGAUGGAAAUAAGCGACGAGUAUCAGGAUAUGGGGAAUCCUGGUGGUGGAGUUGCGAUGGCUAGUAUUCCUCUUCAUCAUCGACAGUCGCCAGCCAGUUCCGAGUCACACCAAGAAGAAGAGUCAGAUCCAGAACAAGAUGAGGAGAGUGGUGAGGAAUUGCCACAACAGCCACUGCAAAAUAAUACUCACACAUCAAAUGACAACACAUCUGCAUCUGUUGGUGUUCCGGUUCCAGUAUCGUCACAUAUCAGUAAUUUUCUCAACACACAUCAUCCACAUUUUAUGAGCAAAUUAAAACAAGAGCCGACUGAUAUGGACAUGAUUGGCGCCAAGUCAAAUUUGGAUGCACUCCACGCAGUGAUGGCCAACGGAUACGCUGGUUUUCCAUUUCAAACACCAGCAUUUUUACAACUCCAGCAUCCGAACCUCGCACAGAACCGCGACGUCGCGAACGUCAGCAAUAAUGCGCUCCCCUCAUCAGCAAGCUCCCACUCUAGCGAAUCAUCACAAAGUUCAUCUCGCAAUAACAAUGACCCCCGUGACAAUGGCUCGCAAUCAAAUCCCAAUAAUAAUAACUCGGGAAAUUCAAGCCAGCAGCAGUCAAGCUGGAGCUUCGAGGAGCAGUUCAAACAGGUGCGUCAGUUAUACGAAAUUAAUGACGACCCGAAACGUAAAGAAUUUCUUGAUGAUCUCUUCUCCUACAUGCAAAAACGUGGCACACCAAUCAAUCGAUUACCUAUUAUGGCAAAAUCUGUUCUUGACCUGUACGAACUAUAUAAUUUAGUGAUUGCUCGCGGUGGUUUAGUAGACGUCAUAAACAAAAAAUUAUGGCAAGAAAUUAUAAAAGGUUUGCACCUGCCUUCGAGUAUUACUUCGGCAGCGUUUACUCUACGUACACAAUACAUGAAAUAUUUGUACCCGUACGAGUGUGAAAAACUGCGGCUAUCAACACCAGCGGAGUUACAAGCGGCAAUAGACGGCAACAGACGGGAAGGACGUCGCAGCAGUUACGGAGCAUAUAGUGGAGGUAGUGGUGAUAAUAUGCUACCACGAACCCCAAGCACACCUGGUUCAUUGGCACUGCAUGCACAAAUGUCACCGCUAUCUUUAGUAACAGCAUUGGGAGGACAGCAUCAUAGCGCACAGUCGAUGGCUAACGGCAGCGCAGCACACACACCUCUGCCAUACCAUCCUCAUCAUCCCCAACAUCCGCAGGGUCCGCUCGGACAAGCUACUGCCGGGCCAAUGGCGGGCGGACCGCCGGCUGACUUUGAUGCACGUGUAACAGAUUAUCUAAAAUUGUUGCAACGAGACAUCCAACGCAGUAUCGGAUCAAGUUCGCCUCCACUGAUUCACAGACAAGGUUCGCCACCGGGUUCACCGCCACGUGACACAGGCAAUGCGCUAGCAGAAAUGUCAAGACUGACAUUGUGGAACAUGUACAACAAUAAUCCGCUGUACGGUGGGUUGGCACAGCCGCCACUGUCACCACAGACGUCUCAUUCUCCGCACCCACAGGCCGCGAGCCCUGAGCCCCAACGCGAGGCACUAGAUCUAGGGUUACGCACAUCGCCGACUUCUUCAUCACCAAUCCGACACAGCUCACCCUCGUCCGGCGGCAGCCUUCAAAUUAAAAAAGACCGCGAGUCUCUUGAUACCACCCUGAUAACUUCACAAAAGCGCUCGCUCUCCGACGACGAGGGCCCGCACGAAAAAAUGACCGCGUUACCAGGCACGCAUAUUAAAAUUUCAAACCGCGGAGACGGCAGAAACGGAGACAAUUCUCUUGCCGUCAGCAUGGAGAUAAACGGAAUGAUGUAUCAGGGUGUUUUGUAUGCACAAAGUGACAAUAAUAAUAAAAGUAGUAUCAGUAUCAGUAAUAAUAAUAACAACAAAACGCGGAGUCUGGUAUCGUGAAUUUUCAAUUCAGUUCCUUCAUUUUAUUUCUUUUUUUUUUUUUUAACGAAUAAUUGGAUGUGACAUGAUUUUAAUUUAAUUAUUUAAUUUCAUUUUUAAAUUUAAUGUUUUUAAAAUUAUUCGAUGGAUCCCGAAUCUUUUUUUUAUCGCGAUCGGUAAAGACCCGAGGAAAAAAAUUCAUUUAAUUUAUUUCAGUUUCUUAUUUUUUGGAUAUCACGAUCAACGCAAAAAAAUAAAUUUGAAUUUUUUUUUUUACAAUUUUACUAUAGCUGGAAUUAUUUGAAUUUUUUUUCCCGCAUAUACCGAAUUUAUUCUAAAAAAAAAAUCAUAAUUUAUGUCAAUAUAAAAUACUGGAUCCAUCGAUAGGAGAAAAGUGAGUGUGUGCAAUUGAAACAAAAAUUAUAAUUAUGAUAAAUAAAAUCCAAUUUUACUUAACAUUUUUUUCUAGUA